AUGAGCACCGAUCCUAAGCUGAACGACCUGCACAAGCAGCUGUUCGAUGCGGGGCUCGCUAUGCGACGCAGCGUCGUCGGCGAUGCCUACGUGGACCGCGCACUUGCCAAUGGCUCAACAGAAUUCUCGCGACCGGGCCAGGAGCUCGUGACUGAGUGGUGCUGGGGCUACGCAUGGACACGGCCGGGCUUGGAGAAGAAACAGCGCAGCUUGCUCAACAUUGGCAUGCUCAUGGCGCUCAACCGCGCCCCGGAGCUAGCGGUACAUGUCCGCGGGGCGCGCAACAAUGGGCUUACGGAAACAGAGAUCCGCGAGGCCAUUCUGCACUGCACGACAUACUGCGGCGUGCCUGCGGGAGUGGACGCGAUGAAGAUUGCAGAGCGGGUGCUGGACGAGAUGGCCGAGAAGGGCGAGAAGCCGCGCGAGCUGGGGAACAAGUCGGCAGCAGCUUGA